GAAAAUAGAUCUUGAAGUAAAUUAGAGUGGCCUGAUCGUAAUAAUUACGGAAGCAGGGGGUUUUUAAAUGGGCAUAAAGUCAAGCUGUGGGUGCAUCAACAAGUGAAGCAUAUAUUCGUUUCCCUUGGCAACAAAUGAGCUUAGAUUCCAUAAAAAAUCAAGAAUCAAGCCCUAGUUUAGAUUUCUCCCCUUGAUUGCUUGUGUAAAGGUUGAGAUUUUUCAAUCAAUCGGAAGAGAUGGCUUUUUGGUGGGCUCUUAUCGUUAUAGCAUUCGCUUUUGUGAUAUGUAAAUUUCUACUAAUGCUCAUUCCUUCUAAUGUGCCUUCGAUCGAUGUUGACGCAUCCGAUGUUAUAGAUGAUGGACAUCCCAAAGAGAAUAGCUUCAUUUAUAUACCUUCAAGAAGACAAACUGAUAAAGUCCAAUGCUACGAGCCUGCAACUAUGAAGUACCUAGGGUACUCCCCUGCUCUGAAGCCUGAUGAGGUCAAGGAGCGAGUGGCACAGGUUAGGAAAUCCCAGAAGGUGUGGGCAAAGAGUAGCUUCAAGCAAAGGCGUCAGUUUUUGCGUGUACUUUUGAAGUAUAUUAUUGAACAUCAAGAGCUUAUAUGCGAAAUCUCUUCACGUGAUACCGGAAAGACAAUGGUGGAUGCAUCCUUGGGUGAAAUAAUGACAACGUGUGAGAAGAUUACCUGGCUUCUUUCAGAGGGUGAGAGGUGGCUAAGGCCCGAGUACAGAUCCUGUGGAAGAUCAAUGCUUCACAAGACAUCCAAGGUGGAAUUUCACCCCCUUGGUGUAGUUGGAGCUAUCGUAUCAUGGAAUUAUCCAUUUCAUAACUUGUUUAAUCCAGUGUUGGCAGCUGUCUUCUCUGGGAAUGGCAUAGUUGUGAAGGUCUCUGAACAUGCAAGCUGGUCUGGAUGUUUCUAUGUGCGGAUUAUUCAAGCAGCCCUUGCAGCUGUUGGAGCUCCUGAAAAUCUUGUUGAAGUAAUAACUGGGUUUGCUGAGACAGGAGAAGCAUUGGUGUCCUCGGUUGACAAGAUCAUAUUUGUUGGAUCACCAGGUGUAGGUAGAAUGAUAAUGAGGAAGGCUGCCGAUACAUUGAUACCUGUGACACUUGAGCUUGGGGGAAAAGAUCCAUUUAUUGUGUGUGAAGAUGUAGACGUGCCUCAUGUUGCACAAGUUGCUGUUAGGGCUGCUUUACAAUCAAGUGGACAGAAUUGCGCUGGGGCUGAGAGAUUUUAUGUUCACAAGGACGUCUAUUCUUCAUUUGUAGCUGCAGUUGUCAAGAUUGUUAAAUCUGUUACUGCUGGUCCUCCUCAAUCUGGAAAGUAUGACAUGGGAGCCAUUUGCAUGCAAGACCAUUCUGAAAGGCUUCAAAGCCUCAUAAAUGAUGCCUUAGACAAAGGAGCAGAGAUUGUCGGUGGAGGAAGUGUGAGAAAUAUUAGUGAAGGCGCUGUUGAUCAAUACUUCCCUCCUACUGUUAUUGUAAACGUAAACCACCAGAUGAAGUUGAUGCAGGAGGAAGCUUUUGGACCGAUCAUGCCAAUAAUGAAGUUCAGCUCUGAUGAGGAGGCUAUCAUGCUUGCAAAUGACUCAAAAUAUGGGCUUGGCUGUGCUGUUUUUUCUGGCAGUCAACGUCGUGCCAAAGCGAUAGCCUCACAGAUACAUUGUGGAGUUGCCGCUAUUAAUGAUUUUGCGUCCACAUAUAUGUGUCAGUCUCUCCCAUUUGGUGGUGUAAAAGACAGUGGGUUUGGACGGUUUGCUGGCAUCGAAGGGUUGCGUGCUUGCUGCCUUGUCAAAGCAGUCGUAGAAGAUAGAUGGUGGCCGUUGAUUAAAACCAAAAUACCAAAGCCAAUCCAGUAUCCUGUUGCAGAAAACUGCUUCGAGUUUCAGCAGUCACUUAUUGAGGCUCUAUAUGGGUUGAACGUAUGGGACCGAUUGCGAGCACUGGUUAAUGUUCUGAAAAUGCUGACAGAGCAGAAUUCUGCUGCUGCUAACACCAAGAGAUAGAGGAGUGACUGACUGAGCCAUCGUCGGGGUUGGUCUCGUUUUGAGUUUUAUUUAUGUAGAAUGAAAAAUGAAAAUGUAGUUGUGGUUGUGGUUUGGAAUUGGGGAUGGAAUGGAAAAGCUUUUCCAACUUUGAAUG